AUGUCUGAAUAUCUAUGGACAUGCCGCCCAACUAAAAUUCUUCUUCAACUCGAUCCAGACCUUCCAAACGGAACAUACAAAGGGAGAGUCAAGAUUGACUACGAGUUUCAAGAUGAAACAAUUGAGAUCAAAAUCCACGCAUCAAGAGAUUUCCAAUGGACUUCUGUUCGAUUGGCCACUUUUUACGAAUUCAAUGAAGGCUGUCCCGUCUACGCAAGUGUGGACUCGGAAGAUUACGUCCAUGACACCGAUUCGGAAAUCUUGACAAUUCCGUUGGGUUCAAUCCUGAAUCCGGAGAAUACCGCGAACGGGUUUUAUAUCGAUUUAGAAUGGACUGGGCCAAUUGGGCCUCCAGGGUCUUCAGAAGGUUUUUUUGCGGUGGAUGAGACUACUAUGGAGGUCAAUUUGAAGGAUGGAAAUGGGCAUAAUGUGUUUCCAUGCUAUGAAGGAGGAAUUGCAGCGAAGAUGUGGUUGACAGUGAUUACUGAUGAGAGAACUAGAGUUGAGACUAACAUGGACGACGCUGGCCACGAAGAGUUUGAGGGUCGUGUCAAGAAUAACUUCAACAAGGAAGAAGAGCUCACCAUUGAAGAUGUUUACUUCAGAAUUACACCGAUCAUUGAUAUGGAGUGA